AUGGGCGACCGCGUUCCAGCUCCCCCGGCUGUGGUGGAUGAAUGUAUCGACCCCAGCCUGUUGACACUGCACAUGGACGUUAAAUAUGGCCGCUCGCCUCCUUCUCCCUCCAUCGUCAAUUCGCCGUCCACUUCGUCGGGCUUGUCGUCGUACGCCGGAAGCGUUGCCGGAAGCCCCAAUGACGUCGGCUUCUCCCCUGUGGGAAUGGAGCAAGACUCGCCGGCUGUCGCACAAGACCCCACCGGCUUGAAUGCUGCACCUGCUGACACCAUGCACGACAUUACAGCCGCGCAGCAUGCGGUCCUCCAAGAGACGCUUGGAACCUGGAAUAUGGCCGUGUCAGCCAAUGAGCUUGCUGGAACCUACAACCUGGCGCAACUCAAUCAACGCUGUGGGGGAUUCCCAAUGCAACAGCAUCAUGAUCAAUCGGGAUACAUGUAUGGUGGAGAGGAACUUUGUACAGUUGGAGACGAACAACACAACGCGCCAAACCCGUCAUUCAUUCAGCAGCAGCAGGGGCAGUCGUUCUUUCAAUAUCCGCCAAUCAUUCCACAGGAACCGCUCAUUCAGCCUUGUUACAACCCGCAACUUAGCAACGCCACACUGACUACAGCCAUCCCACCCGAGACGCCGAUAGCCUUUACAACACCUAUGAACGGUGUCUGGCCAUCCGGUGCUCAAUUCCCACUAUCAGCCACUUGCCUCCAAUCCCAGGACUGGCACUCACCUAUCCCUUCUCACAUUCACUUUUCCCAAUCACACCCAUCCCACAUCCCAGCACCAUUUCCAUCCCCAACCUCGCCAAUCAACCACACCACCUCAUCAGCUCCCUCUCCCUCACCAUCCACAUCCUCCACGUUCUCUUCCAGCUCCGCUUCCAGCUCCUCCUCCAGCAGCCGAAAAUCUCCUGAGAAGAAACCCUGCAAAGCCCCCGUCGACGACCGCUACGGUAAAUGCACCUACAAAGGCCACUCCAAAGAACUCAAAAAACACUACCGCACCACUCACAAAAAGUAUGCCGAGGAAAUCGGCAUCUUGCUGGACCCGUUCGAGUGUGACGAUUGUAAGACGUCGUUUGUGCGAAAGGAUUUCUUGGCGCGACAUCAGCGUGUUCAGAGGGGAAAGACGAUGUCGGCGUGUGAGCGGGCGAUGAAGAAUAAGAAGGGGAAGGGGAGGGUACAAGUACGUGGAAGUCAAAGUAAAAGUGAGAUGGGGAUUUGA